UCUCAGCCGAGUAAUGGCUGCUCCCAAGACCCAGGGGGCUGUUGCACGACUGGAGGAAGACCGUGGUAGGAGCCGCAGCAAAGUCGGAGGUGUAGGUUAUGAGGACAGUAAGGAUUGUAUCCUAGAGCCGCUUUCCCUGCCAGAAAGUCCAGGUGGCACCACCACUUUAGAAGGUUCUCCAUCUGUGCCUUGUAUUUUCUGUGAAGAACAUUUUCCUGUGGCUGAACAAGACAAACUUCUGAAGCACAUGAUUAUUGAGCAUAAGUUUGUCAUAGCUGAUGUCAAGUUGGUUGCUGAUUUCCAAAGGUACAUUUUAUAUUGGAAAAAAAGGUUGACUGAACAACCCAUCACAGAUUUUUGUAGUGUGAUAAGAAUCAAUUCCACAGCUCCAUUUGAAGAACAAGAAAAUUAUUUUUUGUUAUGUGAUGUUUUACCAGAAGACAGAAUUCUUAGAGAAGAGCUUCAGAAACAGAGACUGAAAGAAAUUCUGGAGCAACAGCAGCAAGAACGAAAUGAUACCAGUUUUCGAGGCAUUUGUAUGUUUUGCAAUGACGAAUUCCUCGGAAACAGAUCUGUUCUGUUGAACCACAUGGCCAAAGAACAUGCUUUCAACAUUGGAUUGCCAGACAACAUUGUAAACUGCAAUGAAUUUCUGUGUACGUUACAGAAAAAGCUUAACAAUUUGCAGUGCUUGUACUGUGAGAAGACCUUUAGGGACAAAAAUACACUUAAAGAUCACAUGAGGAAAAAACAGCAUCAUAGAAUCAAUCCUAAGAACAGAGAAUAUGACCGAUUUUAUGUCAUCAAUUACUAGGAACUCGGAAAAUCAUGGGAAGAAGUUCAGCUGGAAGAUGAUCGGGAGUUGCUAGACCAUCAGGAAGAUGACUGGUCUGAUUGGGAAGAACACCCUGCAUCUGCUGUCUGCUUAUUUUGUGAAAAGCAAGCAGAAACAAUCGAGAAAUUAUAUGUCCACAUGGAGGAUGCACAUGAAUUUGAUCUUCUCAAAAUAAAGUCAGAACUUGGAUUAAAUUUCUAUCAGCAAGUGAAACUAGUCAAUUUUAUUUGGAGGCAAGUUCACCAGUGUAGAUGUUAUGGUUGCCACAUGAAGUUCAAAUCCAAAGCAGACUUGAGGACUCACAUGGAAGAAGCUAAACACACUUCACUGCUUCCUGAAAGAAAGGCAUGGGAUCAACUUGAGUAUUAUUUUCCAACCUAUGAAAAUGACACUCUCCUGUGUACACUAUCUGACAGUGAAAGUGACCUAACAGCUCAGGCACAAAAUGAAAAUGUUCCCAUCAUCAGUGAAGACACAUCUAAACUACGCGCUUUGAAACAAAGCAGUAUUUUGAACCAGUUGCUACUACAAGAGUGCUUGAAAAACUAGAAGAAACUACCACAGAAGCAAUUUUUCAUGUUUUUCUCUUAUGAGACAGACAUGAAAGAAUAGUUUAAAUUUGAACAUCAGCAAAGGAUUAGU